AUGGUAUACAAUUCGUUGACUGAGGUUCCUCGCAACCUCAAGGAGUGCAUUGACUGGUUAAUAGCACUCAAGGGAGAUGAUGCUGAAAACAACUUGAAGGCUAUGGGCAAAGCGCUUUACGGUUUGCUCGCAGACAAGCUUGUUGGCUUUACGGAGGUGCCAGCUCUCGAGAAGGUAAAACAUGUUUCCGAGGUGUUCCUAAGGCGGCAGGGUAUCAGGGAUCAGCCAUUCGUAAAAGAGCUGCUGCAGAGGUUUAAUAAGCCUAUGGACAAAAGCCCGAAAAAGAUCGGCAAUGUAAUAAAAGGUGUCGAGGAAAGCGAUUACAAGAACGUCGUAAAGGCCCGAGGUACCAAGCCUGAAGCAAUCGCAAAGAACUUAGGUAAAGUAGUGGAUGCGUAUGAAAAGUUCUUAGAUGAUAUAAAAGCCCCUGACCAGUACGAGUCUGCUUACAGUUCGGAGGCGACGUGGGAGGCAUCGUGCUCGAAGGAACCAGAAGCUUGCGUAGUGAUUUUGGUGGGCAUUGCGCCAAUGUUGUACGCGAGCGUAAGGCCUUUGAAGGACGUGGGCAAAUUUGCCACAGUCUAUGCGGUAGAUCCCAUGGAGGAAAAUCGUGUGGGAAGUGUAUUGGAAGCCGUUGGUUACAAGGAGCCGGAAUGCCGUGCUGGCACGAGUGGUUCAGAUGUCCUCAAGGUCUCGAGAGGUGUGGAUAAAGACGUAUUGGAUAUCAUAUACGAUUUCGCUGCAUUCUGGGCCUUUUAUUGA